AUGGGUAAUCAUAAUUAGAAGGAGCGGCUUUUAAGAUAUAUAGAUCAGACGAAAACAGAAAAAAUAAGAUCUAUCUUAGAAAUUUCUCCUAAUUUAAUCAAUGAAGACAUAGCUAAGGAUAUCCUCUAAACUCCCCUAGCCAGAGCUGCCUGGAGAAAUGACAUGGCACUAGUUCAAUUAUUAUUGGAUGUAAAUGUUAUUUCAUAAUAGAAAUAGAUAGGAGCUAAUGUAAAUGAUGGAGGUUCCUCAAGUAUUACACCUCUCAUGUGGGCAUGCAAAAGAGAUAAUCAAAAAUUAGUUUCUCUGUUAAUUUAAUCCGGGGCUGAUAUUACCAUUCGUUCAAAUCAAGGGUUCUCUGCUUUAGAUUAUGCUAUUCUACAUGGAAAUUAUCGUCCAGCCUUUUUUCUUUUUGAAUUCAUACAAGAAAUUCUCGAGUUCACCUCCUACUAUCAAUUCGCCAAAGAUAAUGAUUACAGAUUUGUUAAUUAUGAAAUUAUGAUAACACAUCUACGUUUGCGAACACCAUAUGAACACAUUCCAAAUAUCUAUGAAAAACCUAAAAAGUAAUAAUUGCUCGAUCCUGUCAUUGACCCAAGAGAAACUUGGGGAGACUUCAUCUAUAGAUAGAUUGAAUUUAAGAAUCCCCCUUUGGUUGAGAGGGAUGAAUUACCAAUAGAUCUCUAACCUCAAAAUAGGAUGUUAGGUAAAAUUAGAUAAUAGAUAAAUGGUUUGCCUGUUGAAAAGAGUAAAGCUCAAUAAUACAGACAGAUAAGUCCUUAAGUAAUAAUUUCAUUUGAUUAAAUUUUAGAAUCAAAAGAUAGACUAGUCAAACAAUCACACUUAACAUUAAAUUUCAUUUUCAUGA